AUCACGUUGCAAAGAGGGAGGGUGGGGAAAGGCUUCCAAAAGAUCGUCGCUGUGAAGGCUUCCAAAAGAUCGUUGCUGGUGUGCGUAGACAUUCAUUAGGCAUGGAGAGAUCCAAGGAAGAGGAGCUCCAGGAGCUUUUAGCCUCAUGCUCCCAAUUUGAGCAAUUCCUGUUUUUCACCCUUCGGGAUCAGGUGUCUAAAGACAAGGUAAAUGAAGAAAAAAUUGGGCGCCAGGAGACUGCCUUGAGCGACUUGUCAAAGAAAGUGGAUGAGAUGGGGCAGGACUCAAAGGUCCAAGUUAUUGAAAUUACAUUAAAGAGAAUUGAGAAAGAUCAAAAGAAGACAGAGACAACAUUGGAAGCUCUGGAGGGAAACAUUGAAGAGAAAAUGGAGAAAGUGCUCAAAGGACAUGAAGAGAAUAUAGAAAAGAAAUUCGCAUUGCUGGAGGGAAGAUAUCAGGAAGAAUUUCAAAUGUACCAAAAAGAAACCAAGAAAAAGCUGGAAAGAGCCCUCCAGGAUGUAAAAAUGACAUGUGGUGAUGUGGAAGGUUUUCCCUCUCCAGAGGAAAAAGGAAGGCAUAGCACUAAAAGAAAGCUUCAAGUGCCAGGAAACCAAGAACACCCCGAGGAGCUAAACGUGCUGUCUUCUGCAUCGGCUUCCCCUGGAGUUGGAGCAAGCAAGAAAGCACCAAAAGCACCCUCCACUGCCCUGUCAAGAAAAGUCCCCAAUCUGUUGCAUGGGCGACCAGAGCUCAUUGAAGAAUAUUAUCAGAAAAAUAUCAAACCAUAUGAAAAGGCUACCUUUCCAAGCUCAGAGCUCACACAGAGGCAGUAUGCUUUUGUCAGCUACUGGGUGUCUGAAAUAUCAGAUCAGAGUUACCCUACCGUGAAGCAUGUGCCAGGUUUCCUGGAAGAUGGAUACCUCAUGGGCAUAUUUGAAUGCAAGAAGUUUUGCCCACAGGAAGUUAACGAUAUGGAGUUCUGGGCAAAGGUCCUAAAAGAAGAAUAUAAAGCUCGCCUUUACAGUAAAAUGCAUCACUUUUUGAAAUAAUGUGUUUGUUUUUACAGUAAAAGCUACCACCCUUUUUCUUUCUUGUAAAGUAAUGAUUCCAGGUUACCGUUGCUUUUUCAAAAUUUAAAUUGCGUUAAGAAGCAUGUUCCCUCCCCCCCCCCCAGCUUCUUAGUCAAAGAUGUGUGUUCCUGUGCUCUUGAAAAAAGUUCUUCUAUUUGGUUGUGGGCAUGUUUUCUCUGAGAAAUAUAUUUGGGUAAGAGGGAGUGUUG